AUGAAGCGCAAUGUGUUUGAGAACGAAGACAGUGAGGAAAGUGAUAAUGAGAACGAAAAACCGAUAAAGAACAGAACUCAAUCUGCUAAAUUGCGAGGACUCGUACUGGAAAAUAGUAAAAAAUCUGAUGAUGAAGAGGAUUAUAUGGAUUUCUCAGUGGAUGCAAAUGAUGGAGAACUGGAAGUACACGAAGAUGGUGGAAGUGGCUUACAACAGAGUCUAUUCGCUACUAAUAAAGAUUCAAUUGGUCUAAAAAUGAUGUACAAGAUGGGGUAUUCCACGGGAAGUACUUUGGGAAAACGAGAUAAUGGUCUUGCCGAGCCUCUAGAUGUUACAGUCAAGUUGGACAAAAGAGGUAUUGGUGCAAAAACCAACCAAAGCAGUUUUAGUGAGCCAAUCCCGGACUAUACUGGGUACACAGCUUCUAAUAGUGCCAAAUACAAAGCGAGACAUCAAAGAUCGUUACUAGAAAAUCUUCAAAAAGUUGCAUUCAAUCUCAGUGGUGAUGCUGAUGAUUUCCACGGCGGUAACCUUGAAAUUGAGAGUGUUCAUCCGCUCUGGAGAGAAUACAGUGAAAUUCUAGUGUCUGAAAGAGUAUCGGAAAGAGAACCAGAAAAGGAGUUGGAAUCACAGAUUGUUGAAUUGGUUGACUAUCUACGAUCACAUUUCAACUACUGCUAUUUCUGCGGUUGCGAGAUUUCUUCGGACUGUCCUGGUCCUUACGAAGAGGACCAUACUUGA